AUGCCAGGCCCAUCUCUGCAAGCCGCCGUAUCCUGGCUCGCUGCCCAUCCUGACGAAGCGCCUGCGCUGGAAGCCCCUCUUCAUCCUUCAAAGUUGGGGACCAAGCAGCACUGGGAUGAGGUAUCUCACCGGAGAGUGGGGCCCAUAAGAGAAGGUGGUUGUCGUCCUAGCUGAUCUGUGUUUUGCUUCGAAAUUAGGUCUACGAACGCGAAGUCAGGAUGUUCAAAGAGAUCGGAGGCAAGUACCAGGCAGCCAAGUAGGCGCAGCGUAGACGCUGAUCACGUGUUCCGACUCGUUGCAGACCAAGGCGAAGUCUGGUUCGGCGAAGACGCAUCGGACAAGAUGGUCGAAUGGGUCCAGGAACAUGUACCCCAAACCGACGCAAACCUUUUGGAUCGUCAGUGUUCUUGACGACGCAAGCUCGUCAGGACGAAGAAGCUGACCGACCGCCCUUCGCUCUUCCGUAUGUGUGGGGAGCAGUCGGCACGGGCAACGGCCAACUCCUCUUUCGUCUUUCCGAAGAAGGCUACACCUCCCUUACUGGGAUAGACUAUUCCCCCUCCUCCAUCGAGUUGGCCGAAUCCAUACUAUCCUCCACGACCCCGGACCCCAAACCCUCCAUCAAUUUCUUCGUGUCCGACAUCCUCUCCCACGACCCGGACCCCCGAUUGACCCAAAAGAGAUGGAAAGUCUUAUUGGACAAAGGUACUUAUGAUGCAAUCUGUUUGAGUGACGAAAUCGAUCCCAAGGAGGGUGUUCGGAUCGGGGAACUUUAUCCAACGGCUGUAGCCGGUUUGUUGGACGAGGAGGGGUAUUUCUUGAUUACGUCUUGUACGUUAUCCCUGCGACGGAAAGAUGAGCUCUUCUUUCUUCUCCGGACGGCUGAUCCUUUCAUUGCGCACGGAACCUCUCUUACAGGCAACUGGACACGCGCCGAGUUGGAAACAGCUUUCAUCACUCCUCAAACAGGUCCGUCGCGCUCGAGCUUCCAUCGAUGAACCCAGCACCGUACUAAACACACCUUUUCCUCCAACAGGUCUCAUCUUCCAUUCCUUGGUCCCACGCCCUUCCUUUUCGUUCGGAGGUAGUACCGGUUCUUCGAUCACAACAAUAGCGUUCCAGAAGAAAAAGACCGAGGCGUAG